AUGAGUGGAUUUUUUCACAAGUAUAAUCAGUUGUUAAAGGCACACCCGUUCAAGACCAAUAUGGUCGGAACGAGCUUGUUCUUUAGCACUGGUGACAUCAUAGCUCAGUUAUCGUUUCCACCUCGAUCUCACGACAUCAAGAAUCAGGAUCUUUCGGAAAGUGUUAAGAGUCGUUCAGGUUUUGAUUAUAAAAGAACCUUGAGGGGGGCGGUCUAUGGGGCGUUUGUUUUCGCUCCUUGUGCUGUGACUUGGUACGGUAGAAGGCUUCCAAAGAUUAAGAAUCCAUUUAUUAGAAAACACAGGGAUACUUGGUCUCAAAAAAAAUUACAUGUGUAUGACACUCUUUUUAGGGUAACAUUAGACCAGCUCUUUGUCCCUGGAUUCAUAUGGAUCCCUAUGUAUGUAACUUCGAUGUCUAUUUUAUCGUUGAAUGAACACCCCCUUGAUGUAGCAAGGGAGAAUCUACGUAACAACUGGUGGCAUGUAUUGAAAGCAAACUGGAUCGUGUGGCCUGCUUUUCAGUUGGUCAACAUGUAUCUAAUACCUGUGCAUAUAAGAGUUGUGUGUGCCAACUUGUGGUCUGUUGGAUGGAAUUGCUUCAUCAGCUAUGUAGGAAACUCCAGAAGAGUUAGUAAUAAGGUUUUGGAAGAAGUUACAACGGUAGAGGACCCAGAAUCUGUGGCUUACGUAUGA